GAAAGAGUCUACAUCUUUUUCUCAUCCACACUAUCCAUUUAUGGCCCUAUUCUUGGUCUUAAUUCUUUUAACUUAGAGUCCACCCAAACAGAUUUGGAUGCAAUUUUUAAUUUCUUCUUCUACCUUUUCUUUUUGUUAAUUCAUUUCUUUGAAGAGAGAAAAAAAAAAAAAGCUUGGAUUUUUAGGUGAAUCUCAUUCUGGGUGGUGUUGGUAUUUGUACUCCUUUCGUUAGUUGUUGAGUCCAUCUCUAUUGCUUUUUUCUGUUUUAUUCAGGUGGAUCUAUGCUAAUAAUUGGUCGUUGAAAAAUAUAAUCUUUUUUUCUCAUCUUGGUUCUUUCUUUGACCAGAUGUUCUUCAUUUUGCUUCUCCCUCAUUCUUGAAUUGAAAAUUUUGGUUGAAGAAGCAAAGUGGGGUAGGGAUGUUUGGGUCUGGAAUGAAUCUGAUAACCACAAUAAUAGGUUUUGGGAUGAGUGCAACUUUUAUUGUGUUUGUUUGUACUAGACUGAUUUGUGGGAGGAUAAGCAGGAGGCAAUCAAGGCAAAUGUUUGAGAUUGAAUCAGGGAUUGAUCUUGAAAUGCCAGAGCAUCGAAUUAACGGGCUUGACUCAGUUGUGGUUGCUGCAAUUCCGACCAUGAAGUUUCACAGCGCGGCUUUCACCUCCUCGGAAGAAGAUACACAGUGCAGUAUAUGCUUAUCGGAGUACCAGGAGAACGAAGUUCUGAGAAUUAUGCCCAAAUGUGGCCAUAGUUUUCAUCUUUCAUGUAUUGAUAUAUGGCUAAGAAAACAGUCCACCUGUCCAGUUUGCCGUCUUUCCGUACCGGAAUCUAUUGAGAACAAACAAAGGCGCCCUGCAAUGCUUGGCAGGGAUCUAAACUCUGAUAGUUCCGAGAUUUCAGUUGAGCAUUCAAGGCAGUGGCUGCUACCUACUGUUGAACGGUCACAAGGUACUGUAAGUAACAACGAUGAAGCUGUUUCUGUUUCAAUCAACCCUGAACCUGUGGUCCCCCCGGAAGCAGAAGCAAGGUCAUGACGGAAGGCAAAAUGUAGAGGUACCAUAAGAAAUUAUGCCGUCUGUUUGCAUUCAGAUGUUUCUUUGUAUCAGAUCUAUCUUAUUGGAGACUGACAAAUGGAACAAGGAGAAUCUGAAGACAAGGAGCGAGGACGCGGAAACUUCUGUAGAUGAAUGUUGCAUAUAACUGGUUAGGAGUUCUAGUUGCACUCUUUUAACAAUUCGGAGAUUUUGGACCAAGUUUGUGGUACACUGGUUAUCUUGUCAAAACAAAGUGCGUCUUAUAUCAUGUACAAUAUCGCUGUAAAGAAGGCGUUUGGAUUCGCCGUUUUUCUUCCUAGACAGUACCAAAGUAGACGACAAACUAAAGUCUUGUUGAAAUGCUCUAGCAUUGGCUCAUUUGAGGGUCAUGUAUACUCUGUGACUUGUGAGAAUAUGAGCCUUCAUAUACCUCUUUUAGUAGUCAA